CAAAAAAAGGAUACCAUGAUAAACUCAUUCACUCAUUCUCCGACUGUUUUAUUUAUCCGGAGAAAUAACACGUUUUAUUUAUCCGGAGAAAUUGUAAUGCCGGCUGCAGUCCCCGCGGAAAAUGGAGGCGGUGUCCCAAAAACAGAGCUGCAGGAGUUGCAGCUCAAACAACAGCAAGUGGUCGAUGAGUCACUGGACAGCACGCGUCGCAUGCUGGCAUUAUGUGAAGAGAGUAAGGAAGCCGGGAUUCGCACCCUGGUAGCCCUUGACGAUCAGGGAGAACAACUGGACCGCAUCGAGGAGGGUAUGGACCAGAUCAAUGCCGAUAUGCGAGAAGCCGAAAAGAAUCUCAGCGGAAUGGAGAAAUGCUGUGGCAUCUGUGUAUUGCCGUGCAAUAAGAGUUCAUCGUUCAAGGAAGACGACGGCACAUGGAAAGGUAACGACGACGGUAAAGUUGUGAACAAUCAGCCACAAAGAGUUAUGGACGACCGUAAUGGACUAGGACCACAAGCGGGUUACAUUGGAAGAAUUACCAACGAUGCACGCGAGGACGAAAUGGAGGAAAACAUGGGUCAGGUCAACACGAUGAUCGGUAAUUUGCGAAAUAUGGCCUUGGAUAUGGGAUCCGAACUCGAGAACCAGAACAGGCAGAUUGAUAGAGUCAAUCGUAAGGGCGAAUCCAACGAGGACAGGAUAAAGGUGGCAAACGAGAAAGCGCAUUCGUUGCUCAAAUAAGCAGGGCGAGUCCAACGCAACCAGGAUAGCAGCAGCAAACGAAAGAGCUCACAGUCUCCUGAAAUAAGCUGUCCCACAUAGCAAAAAAGGGCUAAUAUUAUUACUAAGUUUGUAUGUAUGAUUGCUAGCGUAUUCCGAAUGUAUGAAAUAGUAAGGUGAAAGGGUACUCUCUACCAUAUAUAAGUACGAAACCACAGCACAGAACAACUAUAUUGAAUUAUUGUUAUUAAGUACAAUAUAUAAAAAUAUUUUACAAGAACCUAUGUUGAAAAUACAUUGCUCGCAGAACAUUUACAGAAAAAUCAGCUAUUUAAAAUAUAAUUGAAAUGAUAUUAUGUUUAAGGUUAAAAUGAUAUUCUGUUUGAAAUUUAAAUGAUAUUUUGUUUAAAAUUUGAUUUUUGUGUUUAGCACAACAGAAGCUAUUGUUAUGGUAUAGAGUUGUUCAGUUUUUGAAAUUAUUAAUUUAUACCAAUGUUAUCGAUUAUUCUCACCUACGAAAUACUGUAGGAAACUGAUAUGAAUAUUAAAAUGAACUGUGUGUGAACACAACAAUCUUGUAUAAACUAUUAAAAAUCCGCUUGUUAAAGAUAUAUACAACAUAUUAUCGAAGUAAUAAUAUAAUAUUUAAAACUUCCAAUACCAAACAGUUAAGGAAUAUAUAAACAUAGUAUUUAACGCGUAAUGAGGAUUGCUUUUAAAAUCUCACUAUAGUUUUCAACAUUGCUGAUCGUUAUGCGUCAAAUUGAUUGUUACAAUGAGUCAGAAAUGAAAUCAACAAUGAUGAAAAUAGCAUUAAUUCUACAGAAAAAGCAUGUGAAAUGGGGCAAACCAUUUUUUUUAUUCUCAAAGUCCCCUCUCCCUCCUUUCAUAUUGUGUCAAAUGUCAAAAUAAGUUCAGAUGCGCAAUUUCACAUCAUUUGGUCAAAUUUAGACUCCCGCCCACUUCGCGUGAAGUUUUUGACAUUGCCAAUAUGGGGAAAUAUGAGGAAAAAUAUAUUAACCCUUUCAUGCCCAAGUUUUUUCUAGUGGAUGUACGAUUUUAAAACUAUUUUUCCUUAAAAAGGCGGGGUCAAGAAACACGAAAAGCAAUUUUUCAUAAAGAUAUGUGCUUCCCACGCAGUGCUAGAAGCUUUUACCUUCCAAUGCUCAAUACAAUUCUCCUAGAAUAUUUACAAUAGUCCACUUUUGUGGAAAACGUAGCCAAAGGCACUCUAAAUUGAUAAGUUUUGUCAGUUUUCAAUAAUAUUGCAACAAAACGAAGAUAUAUGAAAAAUUCUUUUUUCGUCGUUAACGUAAACUGUCCCUGGCAGCACUGCUCCUAUGGAAUGCAAUCAGACUAACUGCAAUAACUUCAGUUCUAGAGCUAAUCCUUGUCACUGUUAGUACUCAAAUGAAAGACAAUAGUCACAUUUAUUAGCCUUACUUGUUUUUGUGAGCAAAUCUUGCCUCAAUCAAAAGUUAUAGCUGUUUAAAAUCGUUGUUGUCCACAAACAACAUGGGCAUGAAUGGGUUAAAUGCUUUUACUUUUGCAGUAGCACUCGAAAAAUGACAGUUAAGGCUAUUCCCGAAAAAUACGGAAAAUUUAAGUUUUGGGACAUUUGUCCACAAAACACCCUUUUUUAAAAAACUUUUCUGCUCUAAGCUGCAAAUCAUACAUAUAUUGCUGUUUUUAUGAUUUUAGGAAAAUUCAGAAAUCAAACAGAACCUUUGCGAUUUUUUUCCGAAUACUAGAAGUUGGGGUUCUAGGGCUUUUUGACAUUCAUAUAAAAUUUUAUCUUUCUCUUGUACACACAUUUCUAUUUUUCUCCAAUCAAUUUUCAUAAAAUGUAGCUUGUUGGAGGUGUAAAAUUCUCAGGAAUGUGCAAAAUGUGCUUAUUGAUCAAAGCUUCAUACCUGAAAAAAUACGGGAAUUUGGGAUAUUAGGGUAUAUAAUAAAAAAAAUAGUGCUAGACUUAAUGUUAAAAAAUUGGAUGUCUCUGAAUAUCACCGGUAACGCAUAUAUUUCUAUUUUGUUUCUUAGAAUUUCCCACAUUUUAUGAAAAUUGGUUGAAAAAAUAGAGAUAUAUGCACGAGAAAACGACAAAUUUUGAUAUGAAUGUCAAAAUGCCCUAGAACGCAUACUUCUCGUAUACGGACAAAGCUUGCAAAUGUUACGUUCGGUUCCUGAGUUUUUUCACAUCAGAAAAGCAUCAAAAUACGCAUGAUUUGCAGUAUAGAGCAGGAAAGUUAUGGAAAAUAGGUAAUGUUGGAGAUGAUGUGUCCCAAAACUCAAAUUUCUCGUAUAUGUCGAAAAACAGAAUUUUUUUCAAUUGAAUACUAAGGUUAUUUCCUUUAAAAAGGUAUAAACUGUAAUUUUCUGAGUACUACUUGAAAAGUUAUAACAUUAAAUGUAUUUUUUCUCAUAUUUUCCCAUAGUAUCCAUAUCAAAAACUUCGAGGGAAAUGGGCAGGGCCUAAAAUUGUCCAAAUGGUGUGAAAUUUGGCAUCUUAGCUUACUUUGACAUUUGUCUUAAUAUGAAAAUGGGGGACUUGGAGGAUUCGAAAAUAAGUUUGUUUUAAAACUGGUAUGCCAUUGGUUGAGAAAAUCCACAAUGUUGGGGACCAAGAACCAGCGGCGAUUUAUUUCACAAGUUAAAUCGUUAUUGGUGAUGGUGCUGGUCAGUAGUUGAGUUAUUGAAACGAGAGUACGUUCACGAUGCACUAUUGUAUCACGAAAUUCGUUGAUGACUCUUAAAUAAAAAUUGUUGCCAGUUUUUUUUACAAUUUAAACGGCUGCUCGCGCGAUAGAGAUGUAGAUUAACAAAGCAAUACAGGAUCCUUUUGUGUGUUGCUGUUCUAACUUUUUUACUGGAAUUUGUUAGCCAGAGAUCGACCGAUUGUAAUUUUUUUUUUGCAAAGCAAAAAUAUUCAACUUUUCUAACUAAAAACAAGUAGUUUCUUUCCAGUCAAAUUGAAAUUUUUACUAACGAAUUGUUACAACCGUUUUAAAAUGACCCAACGUUUGAUUUUAAUUUCUUCCCACCGAAAAUUCAAAAAAAUCUAAAAUUAUUGUCUUAAACUGAUGUGAUAUUUUAUUAUCACUGUAGAAAGCAAAAACGGUGAAAUCACUGUAAUGGCAAUAGUACAGAAGAAUGCAGUAAAGUUUAGAGGUGCUAAUAAGAAAAUAACUGUAAGCGAUGCUUACGUAACAUACUAUCCUUAUCACUUGUAAUUACAUUUGUUUAUCUAUAUAUUGCUAUGACUUCUUAAGUUAUUCAAACUAUGUACAGUACAGAAAAGAAAAAUUAUACUAGAAACAACUUAAACUGCUUUCCAAACUUGACUCGAAAACCAAGAAUUUAAGAGCAGUGGAUAAUGUGACAUAAACCAACAGUUUAUCAAAAUUUUCUGAAUAAACUAUUUCUCCACAUCUGGCUGAAUAACUAAUAACUAGCAAUACAAGAAAACAAUUAGUGCAUCUCUACAUUAUAUUGUGGACCUACAACUGUUCAGUACAAAAUAAUCAAUUGGCAUAAUGGGCAUUUCAUUAGCAAAACAUAACUACUACUAUUAAUUAUCUUCAACUAUAUGCAUCGACGAAUUUCGUCCAUCUUGCCAAUUGUAAAUUGACGAACGCAAUUUCGCGUCAAUGUUCAAGGGAUUAUACAUGUUGAGGUGUGGGAUAAUAGGGAAAAGUUUGAUUUUUUGUAAAGGCAAAUUAGCUCUAGCACAUGAAAAAAUACCAGUACUUGUCAAAGUUAUAACAAUUACCGACAAAAUACGUUUUUUCAAAGUUGCAUACCGUGACUAUGAUUGCAGUCCAUCAGCUCAAUUAAAAAAAUUAAAGCAAACUAAUUUCAUGAGCAUAGAAACUUGCGGUAUCCUUGAACGAUUCCGUUACAAAAUUGCAGCGUAGGCGAUUUUUUCCAACAAGGGCACUUUUUUCAUUUGAAAAAAAAUAUUAACAAAGUCAUAACAUUGAUAUGAUAAAUUUAGACGAAAAAAUGGAAUUGUUCAAGAAUACUGCAAAUAAAUUACGAACAAUUCAAAAGAAAUUUUGAAAUCGACCGCAACGACGUUUUUGGAAAAACAUGAGAUAAUCACGUUUAAAGUUUGAAGUAUAAGCACAGACCAACAGACAUAACACUCGAAAACAAUGCUUCGCUAACUUUAACGGUCACUUUAAAUAUAUUUGUAGUUUAGAUUGUGGCCACAUUUGCGAUUAUGGCGAUUAUGGGGUAUAGACCAUUAGUGAAAAACUGUUCCCAAACCUGAGGGGUAACCCACCAGCAAAUGAGUGUUUGGGACAAUGAAUAAGCUAGUGUUCUUGGUAAAUUGCCGGAUCGAUAUUUUUUGAAGGAAUUCCCUCAUAGUGUAAUGUCUGUUGAUCUGUGGUAUAAGCCAGGCUCCCGUAAGGUAGGAAGUUAAAAAACGCUAAAACUUUAGUUCUUCUGUUUAAAUCUCUAUAAAAAUUUGGAAAACAUUCUGAAGAAUGUAUACUUUAAAAUAAAAGGAUACAAAAAAUAAAUUUUUUUUACCAACCUCAACUUAUAUAAUCCCUCAAUUUCAGCUGCAACGCACAAUAUCAUUCGUGUUUGGCUUUUGUUUGGACAUGUGAAUGAUUUGUUUUUUUUUUUAAUUUGGUUUCCUUAAGUUACACACAUUUUGGUAUUUAUAUAGAAACAUUAUUUAUUUUUGCUUUUAUUUUCUUAUAGGGAGAUGACAAUAGGAAUCGACUGGAAGAAGCUAGCAAAAGAGCGGGCCAGCUAUUGCGAAGCUAAUUGUAGGAAUGUUUUGCUCGGUUUCAUUUUAUAAUUAUUUCUGUUAAAUUUGUUACGUCUUUUAAUACGAUAUACUUUGACCAUUGCUGCGGUUUAAUUGUGAAAUCUUGGAAAAUCUUUAAAAAGAAAAUACUGACUGCCUCUCAUUGCUGUUGGAUAAUGAGCGUAUUCAGAGCAUUUUCAGUGUGCUGUUGGUUCCUUUUCAUGAAGAGUAAUUCUUAUUGUGGAGACAACUAGUUCAUUUAAACUGUGUAAAUAGCAUCUGUCUUCUGCAUCGGAGAUUCCAAUUGAUCGCUAAUCUAUGGUGAACGUUGAGAAGAUUCAUUUUUCUACAAAGCUGUUAGUAGGAGAAAACGUUAUGAAAUUCAUUAUGGAAAAAUCCAGCUUAAAACCCUUCAAAUAACUCCAACAACUAGUGCGACGAUAUUUUGUCAAGUUUUACCAUUUUCUGUUCGAACCUCCAAAUGCCUUUUUUUGCACGAGCUUUGAGUGGUUUUUAAACGAUUUUUUCGCAGUAUAUUAGACCGGCUGGAACACGUUUUCUCAUCAAAAUCUAUUUUUUCUUGGGUAGUUCUUCAAAUGCCUGAUACUUUUACGAGACAUCUCGCGUGCAAUAAAAAAGAGUUGGACGAAUUAUUUUAUCUUUUUAGUAGAGAGUAAACAGAAGCAAAAUCCCAUGCCAUCAGUUAUUGAAGGAAGUAAACCAUAUCAUAUUCAAAAAUAGUAUUAGUAAAAUAGCGAAACGUCCUUUAAAACCAACAUCAAAUAAAAGUACCAUUCACUAUGGUUUACACGAUCGAUACGUGCUCUAUGAAAUACAACGUCAAUUUUUUUUAAGUUUCUAUUGAUAUUUUGUAAUGCAAUUCACGAUAGAAAAAUGUUGAUAGCACAAUUUUUUGGGGCAUCCCACACUUGGCACAAACAUUCACCCGUUUCCUGUUCUGUUACAUUCUCGAUAUUGAUAUAGUAAAUAUAAUGCAUCAACAUUAGCGAAAGUAUUUGAUUGGGAUAUGACACUCUAUUAAUUUUCUGCUGGAGAAUGAUUUCUAUCACAGUCUUUGCUAGCAAUAAAAAAAACAAAUGUGAUAUUCCAACAUAAAUAGCAUGAAUCAUGAGAACAUGUGAGGUCAAAAUAGUGAUAAAGGAUAAAUGAGAUGGUAAGGCAUGAUUCUUAUAAGUUGUUAAGUGGUUACUGAAUUGGUUUUCGUGCUGUCAUUCAAUAGGAAGCAUUUCUACUCUGCACGCGCCAAAAUUCUACUUAAAAAUCAAUAAUAAGCUUUUUCGAAGCGGCGGAACCAAAAACAAUAUUACGGAUAUACGCAACCAUUUUCGUAACAUAUGUUUUCUUACUCUUAGCAUUUCUACAGUACCUUUUGCAAGGGCCUGAUAAUCUUGAUUUUCAAAGAACAAUUUAGAUUAGGCAGAUACGCUGAUUCACUUAAAUUGACUCUUAAAAUAAGGCAAUUACCAAGUCUUGUGAAUUUACGGGAAUGAUACAUCUCAUUAGUAUUGCUCCAUCUGUGAGAAAACCCAGAUUUUCAAAUUCUAUUUAAUUGGUUGAAUACUGAACUUUUGCACCAUUAAUUCCCAUCAAACAAGCUGAAACCAUGUGUCAAAAGUUUCAAUUUAGUGUACUUGGCGCAACUAUUAUUACUUACUCAAAUUAGGAUUUCACUCUAGAAUAUUGUCAGAAAUAGUAGAAAAUCUUAGGCUCGAAAAAUGAGAUAGCGGAUGUACUAUCUACGGAACAGAAACAACUAGACAUGGAAUGAAAAAUGAUAUUUCUCGCUUUUAAAUAAAUUCAUCUCUUGUUGUCUUAAAAAAAUCUGUGUGUUGUAGAAACUCAACAAGAGCCAACAAUCAUUAAGAAUCAACAAAUAUUUUCAAACUUAGUACGAUUUGGUUCCACCCUAUAAUUCUAUUUAAAUGAAUACAUAAAGGCAAGCGAUAGUAUUGUCAGAUGUUUAAACAAAAACCCGACAUACCAUGUAAUUAGCAAUGUAGCACUGCAACAUUACUUAACUCCACUCUAAGUAAGCAUUGCAUUUUUAAGAUUAUAAUGUGAAAAUUACAAGAACAAAUGAGGGAUACAGUCAGGAAACAGAAUGUACAGUAAUUAUUUAAUUGACAAGAUAAACUAAAGGACCCAAUAAACUCGCUGCGUGCGGGUUAAGUAUCUUUUCUUGUAUACUCAACACGUUUACAAUUGAUUAUUUCGUUCUGUGGUAUAUUAUUUGUCAAGAAAUAGAAGAGCAGAUGAAAAGAAAAAGAGACAACUUCUAGGAUAAGUAAAGCAUUGAAUAAUAAUAGAUUAGUUAUAUUAUUACUAUGGUUAAUAUUUUUCAAAUGUAUUACAAUGAUAAAAUACAGUAUCCUAAAAAAAUA